GACGAAUCCAGUUGGUGAACUCGAGCGAUCAGCCCGAAGCGCUCACAAGCCCGAAGUGGUGCAUCGGACUACCUUGAAGCUGGAAGGCUCCAGAAGACAGGCGCCAUGUCCCUCUUGGCCGUGUCGACUUUUCUGGUGGCCGUCGCCUUCCUGCUGUCCUUGCUGUGGGUUCUCAAAAGACGCCACGAGCAUAGCCUCUUCCGUAGACACGGGAUACCAGGACCGCAACCGGACCUCAUUUUCGGAAACUGGGACCAGCUCAGGGUGAAUCGACUUCAGGUGAUGGAGCGCUGGAUCCAGGAGUACGGCAAAGUGUUUGGUCUGUACAUGGCCGAGAUCCCGUACCUGGUGAUAAGCGACGUGGAUCUCAUCAAGCAGUGCCUGGUCAAAGAGUCCCGGUUCUUUCGGGACAGGUCCCGCCUUGUCCUGAACGUAGAGCCCUUCUCCAGCAGCCUGCUCUGCCUUACAGGGGACGACUGGAAACGGGUAAGAAGCGUCCUGAACCCGAGUUUCAGCGCCUCCAAGAUGAAGCUCCUGAUGCCCAUCAUGAGCGCGUGUGCCGAUGUCACUGUGCAAGUCAUCGACGCCUCGGCCCAGACCGGGGAAGCGGUGGACGUGACGAAGCUCUCUAAGGGCCUCUCCAUGGACGUCAUCACCAAGUGUGCGCUGGCUUGGCAGGUGGACUGCCAGAAAAAUCCAAACGACCCCCUCCUUCGAUUAAUACAAAACAUAUUUGAAGAUGUCGAGGACAACGUAAUCAAGAAUGCUCUGCGUUUUCCUCUGCUUCGACCAAUGUUAGAGUGGCUUUUCUCGUUAUCGCAAUACUCGAAAACAAUUAAAAAGCUCACAGACAACGUCAGACAAAUUAUCUACCUCCGAAGGACAGGGAAGAGUCCCAAGGGGCAGGACAUGCUGCAGCUGCUUCUGGAUGCGCAACAAGGGAACCAAUCUCCAGAGUCUGCAAAGGGCACUUUCAGACCACUCAUCACAGAAAAGCAUCUCCUGGCCAACAGCUUCGUCUUUCUAGCAGGCGGUUUCGAGACCACAGCCACUUCCUUAGCUUUUCUCCUGUACGAACUCGCCAAGAACCAAGAAGAGCAAGAAAAGGUCUACAAGGAGCUUAAACGCAUUCAGCGGUUAAAAGAGGAGCUCGCCUACGAGGACAUUCAGGAGCUGAAGCGCCUGGAUAUGGUCAUCAGCGAGUGCCUACGCAUGUACCCCCCGCUCGUUCUUUUCACCACGAGGGUUUGCACCCAGGACAUAACAUUAAUGGGAGAGUUCUUUCCUGCUGGAGUUAACGUGCUUGUUCCCACCUGGAACAUUCAUCAUGACCCAGAACUGUGGCCCGAACCUUCCCAGUUCAACCCGGAGAGGUUCGGUGAGGGCGAAGCCAAGCACCUUCAUCACCCGGCGGCGUACUUACCCUUCGGGAUGGGACCCAGGGAAUGCAUCGGAAGAAGAUUUGCGCUGCUGGAGCUCAAGAUUGCCGUCUGCAAGAUUCUUGCAAAGUACCGGAUCGUCCCAUGCAUCGAGACGGAAGAUCCUGUGAAGCUUGUUGUGCCAUCUGUUGUACUGAAUCCCGCUCAGGGUAUCAAACUCAGGUUUAAGUACAGAUAAAAAAGUAGUAAGUUUGCACUCCGUUUCGCCAUAAUUCAAAGCGCAGCCGCAGCCAAAGACAAGAAGACAGACCAACGGAGACGCACAGACUAAAAGCGCAAGGAUACGGUUUAUUUACUAAUCUGUAUUGUUUUAACCAAGAAUAAUGCAUGCCCAGAAAGAAGACAAACGAUUUUACGAUUGACUUUUGGAGCUGCUUGGCUGGUUUUAUGAGCUUGUGCCGCCAGCUGUGCUCCGACUUAUGGUGAAACAAGGUAUCAAAGCGUUUUAGCAUGGGGCCUGGAACGCGUCUCCGACUGGUGUGUUUAGCGCGUCCAAAAAACUGGUCCCUCAAUUUCCGCCAGAUGACGACAUUGAAGUGUCAUGCUGUCACCGGUCGCUAUCCUGGCGGCGGUGUCCCAGCAGCAGAAGUGAAUGUGGCCGACGCCUGUUCUGCUGCAGGUCGCUCUCUACCGGGUGUCUCAAGGAGACGCCAGGCUCUUUAAAUCGACCGCAAAAUUCGGUUUCUUAACCUAUCGCGCUACGACUUUGUGCAGCGUUGUACACAGAUGGUGCUUUUUUUUUUAAUUUGCGAAGAGUGAAAUUAUCUUAGAAAAAAGUUAAAAAAAGAAAGAAAAAGGCUUAACUUCUAUGGAAAUGCAGCGGAGCCACCGGUAUUCAAACAAUAGAGGGCCCUAUUGUUUGAAAACUGGUGGCUUCGCUGCGUUUCCAUAUGAGCUAAGCCUUUCUCUUUCUUUAAUUUUUCCUCAGGUAAGUUCGCUCUUUGCGAAUUUUACACGAAAAAAAAUGCACCAUCUGUGGGCAGUGCUGCACAAAAUCGUAGCGCUGUAGGCAGGCACGUAGCCAGGAUUUUGUGUCGGGGGGGGGGGGGGGGGGGGGGGGAGAGGAGAGGAGAGGGGGGGGGGGCGCCCAUAACAAAGUGCUGCGUGAGGCCUGUAAAAGGUAAUCAAGAGAAAUAUUUAGGUUUAAUGAGAAUCAGCGUCAAAGGAACUUGAAUAGAGUAGAAAGUACUCAAUCCCAAAAUGAUUAAAUGAAUUAAUAACUGCUGUGAAAA